CACUAUUCCUCCGACUCUCAGCGUUCCUCCUUGAUUCUUACACUUUUCUCUUCAUCAAGCUCUCUCACCAUGAACAGACAAGUCCUCAAGACAUCUGGUGGCGGGAGCCAGGGCUUCUCUGGCCGCUCCGCCGUGGUCUCCGGCAGCAGCAGGAUGAGCUGUGUGGCCCUUUCUCGGGGAGCCGGUGGAGGAGCCUAUGGGUUCUGGAGAGGACCAGGCGGCUUUGGCAGCAGCAGCCUCUAUAACCUGGGUGGCAACAAGAGUAUUUCCAUCAGUGUGGCAGCUGGUGGCUCCCGGGCUUGUGGCUUUGGUGGAGGACGUAGCAUCUGUGGGGGUGGCUAUGGAGGUGGCUUUGGGGGUGGCUAUGGAGGUGGCUUUGGUGGAGGCAGAGGAGUAGGAGGUGGCUUUGGUGGAGCUGGUGGCUUUGGUGGUCCUGGUGGCUUUGGCCCUGGUGGCUUCCCUGGAGGAAUCCAGGAAGUGACUGUCAACCAGAGCCUCCUGCAGCCCCUUAAUGUGGAAAUUGACCCCCAGAUUGGGCAAGUAAAGGCCCAGGAGCGGGAGCAGAUCAAGACCCUCAAUAACAAGUUUGCCUCCUUCAUUGACAAGGUGCGGUUCCUGGAGCAACAGAACAAGGUCUUGGAGACCAAGUGGAGCCUCCUCCAGCAGCAGGGCACAAAUUCCGUUAUGGGCACAAACAAACUUGAGCCCCUUUUUGAGGGCCACAUCAACUCUCUGCGUAGCUACCUGGACAGCAUCCUCGGGGAGAGAGGACGCUUAGACUCAGAGCUGAGGAGCAUGCAGAACCUGGUGGAGGACUUCAAGAGGAAAUAUGAGGAUGAAAUCAAUAAACGUACAGCUGCUGAGAAUGAAUUUGUAACCCUGAAGAAGGAUGUGGAUGCCGCUUACAUGAACAAGGUUGAGCUUCAGGCCAAGGUGGAUGCCCUGCUGGAUGAGAUCAAUUUCCUGAAGAGCAUUUAUGAUGCGGAACUGUCCCAGAUGCAGAGCCAUGUCAGUGACACUUCUGUGGUGCUGUCCAUGGACAACAACCGCUUUCUGGACCUAGACAGCAUCAUCGCUGAGGUCAAGGCCCAGUAUGAGGAUAUUGCUCAAAGGAGCAAGGCUGAGGCUGAGGCCCUAUACCAGACGAAGUUGGGAGAGUUGCAGACCACAGUUGGCAGACAUGGUGAUGACCUGAGGAACACCAAGAGUGAGAUCAUGGAGCUCAACAGGAUGAUCCAGAGGCUUCGGGCAGAGAUUGAGAAUGUCAAGAUGCAGAAUGCUAACCUCCAGGCAGCCAUUGCGGAAGCUGAGCAGCGUGGGGAGCUGGCCCUCAAGGACGCCAAUGCCAAGCUCCAAGACCUGCAGGCUGCCUUACAACAGGCCAAGGAUGACCUGGCCCGGCUGCUGCGUGACUACCAGGAGCUCAUGAAUGUCAAGCUGGCCCUGGAUGUGGAGAUUGCCACCUAUCGCAAACUGCUGGAAGGCGAAGAGUGCAGGAUGUCUGGAGAGUGUCAGAGUGCUGUGAGCAUCUCAGUGGUCAGCAGCAGCAACAAGACUUCAGCCUCAGCUGGUGGUUAUGGAGGUGGCUACAGCGGUGGCUUCGGCGUGGGAGGUGGCGCAGGCAGCGGCUUUGGCUGGGGAGGUGGCAGUGGAUUCGGGGGCGGCGGUGGUUUUGGCGGCGGCAGCGGCUUUGGCUCCGGCUCCGGCGGUCGCUGCGGGAUCAGUGGCGGAGGCUUCAGCUCGGGCAGCAACCGCGGGGGCAGUAUCAACGGUGGCUACGGAGGAGUCAGUGGCAGCAGCAGUGGGGGCCGAGGCAGCAGCGGGGGCUACCUGAGUGGCAGCAGUGGGAGCAGGCUUGACAGGGGAGGCAGCAGCUCUGUGAGCCAAAGUGGAAUUAGCUCCAGCUCUGGCAGCAACCAAACCUCUGGAGGCAGUGGCUACAAGUCUGGCAGUGGAGGCAGCACCAAUGUCCGCUUCUCCCAGACCACCAGCUUCAGCCAGCACUACUCCAGGUGA